AUAAUCAUCUCCAUUUAUAUUAACACAAAGAGAAUAAACCUCUCCUUGAUUAAUUAACGUAGUUCUAAAUUUCUAAUAAUGAGUUCAUUACAUUCAUCACAAUUAUUAAAGCCUGAGGUAACUCUUUCCCUCAACUUAUCAUCACAAUCAAAUACGACGUCGUUUUCACCAACUUCCUCACACUCACACGACCAUAAUCAUAAUCAUAAUCACCUCCAAACGACGUCGUCUUCGUCGUCCUUGACCAAAGCCGAAGCCGAAAAGGGAGGCGUCCUUCUGAUUCAGCUCCUCCUCAGCUGCGCCAAGCACACCGCUUGCGGAAACCUACGCCACGCCGACUCAUGUCUCAGCCAAAUAUCUCAACUCGCCUCAGUCGAUGGCGAUUCCAUGCAACGACUCGCGGCCCGCUUCGCCUCGGCUUUGGCUCUCCGCCUUGUUAAGCGCUGGCCGGGCCUUCACAAGGCCCUGUGGCCCAAACCACAAAUGGGCCGAGCCCAACUCGCUUCCCUUCCCACCUUUCCGUGCUUGGGCAUCGCCUACUCCAUCAUCACCCGGACCUUGGUCCACUCCCUCUCCCACCAAGAUGCAAUCCACUUCGUUGAUUUUGGUUCCGGCGACUUAAGAUUGUGGAUCCCGAUUUUCAGGAGACUCGCCGUCCCCGGUGAGCCACGAGAAAAUGGGUCUCUCAGCUUGAACUUUACUUUUGUUCAUCGCAACAAAGCCAUUUUAGAUAAGUUGGGCCUGGACCUUGCUAAAGAGGCCGAGGCCUUGGGCUUUUCUUUUGAAUACAACGCUCUAAACAUUCCUUUACAAGAAUUAACAAGCGAAAUGAUUAAAGCUAGGCCAGGGGAUGCUUUGGCUAUAGUAUCGAUUCUAAGUCUUCAUGUGUUAUUGGCCGAAGAUGAUAGAGUAGAAGCACAAUUUUGGGGGAAAAGGAAUAAGGGUAUCAAAGAUUGUCAGCAAAUGAGUCAAUUUCUAACCAUGGUUAAAUCAAUGUCACCAAAAGUGGUACUACUAGUAGAGCAAGAAGCUGACCAUAAUUUGAACCGUUUGGUGGACCGUUUCCUUGGGAGCUUACAUUACUACAGCGCAUUAUUUGACUCGUUAGAUGCCACUUUUGGGUCAUCUUCAUCAUCAAGUGAUGAUCAAGAGAGGUUGGAGCUAGAGGAAAUGUUUGGAAGAGAGAUUGAGAACAUUGUGGCGUGUGAGGGUUUGGAUAGGGUAGAGAGGCACGAGAGAUAUGAGAAAUGGGUGGUUAGGUUUGGUGGAGCCGGGUUCAGGCCAAGUCGAAUGUGGUUUGAUCCUGUGGAGCAUGCUAACAAAAUGGUCAAGGUAUGUGGCUCGGAGUCGGAGGGUUACAAAGUUGUGAAUAACAAAGCUAGUUUUGUGUUGUGUUGGCAUGACCGACCCCUUUAUGCCGUGUCUGCUUGGAUUUCUUAGCAUUUUUAGAAUUAAUAAUAUAGCUAUAGUCUAUUUUUUCAGCAAAAAUAUUAAUAAUAAUAAUAAAGCUCUAAUCUACUUUCUUUUUUAAACAACAAGUUCUAGUAUGAUGUAGAUAUUACUAUGAACUAAGUUUGAACUA